GCACACACCCGUCCAAAAGCUGUCGCUAGCAACAGGUGCCUGAGCAAAAAGCAAGUUUGCUAGCAGGAGCUGGUGAGCCUUUUAAGAUGUGGAAAGCAGUCGUGGGACACGACGUGUCGGUGAAGGUCGAGGCUCAGGGAGACGACUGGGACACUGACCCCGAUUUCGUGAACUUCCUACAUCAGCGCACCCCACAUCUGACUACAAACAGUCUCACCAGCAUCCAGCAGCUGAGGAGCAAAGUGUCGGAGGAACACGAGGUCAUCAAGAAGAAGGAGCUGGAGACCGGCCCCAAGGCCUCCUAUGGCUAUGGGGGCAAAUUCGGAACGGAGCGGGACCGGAUGGAUAAGUGUGCAGUGGGCCAUGAGUAUGUUGCUGAUGUUGGGAAGCACUCCUCGCAGACGGACGCAGCCCAGGGCUUUGGCGGGAAGUACGGAGUCCAGCGGGACCGAGCUGACAAGUCAGCGCUGGGCUUUGAGUACAAGGGUGACGUGGAGAAACACUCGUCCCAGAAAGAUUACUCCAAGGGCUUUGGUGGCCGUUACGGUGUGGAGAGGGACAAGGUGGACAAAGCGGCGGUGGGAUUCGACUACAAGAGCCAGGCAGAGAAGCACAACUCUCAGAAAGACUAUACUGUGGGCUUUGGUGGGAAGUUUGGGGUCCAGAGGGAUCGUCAGGACAAGAGUGCCCUUGGCUGGGACCAUCAGGAGGAAGUGCAACCCCACGCAUCCCAAACAGACUAUGCCAAGGGGUUUGGAGGCCGUUACGGGGUCCAGAAGGACAGAGUAGAUAAGAGUGCUGCGGGCUUUAACGAGAUGGCAGCUCCGGCCUCCGCUUAUGAGAAAACAAGACCGCUGGAGGCAGGAGCUUCCAGUGGCACCAGCAGCCUGCGGUCACGGUUUGAAAACAUGGCUAAGUCCGCAGAGGAGGAGAGCAGAAGGCAGGCAGAGGAGGACCGGGCAAGGCGGCAGGCUCGGGAGCACCAGGCAGCUCGGCGGAAGCAGGAAAUCCCACGGAGAGAAAAGGACCCCGGAGAGGCAGCUCCUGCCCCUGUGCCAGCGAGGGAGCCUGGGGGUGCUGAGCGGGACGGGCCCGUGUCCGGAGAUCAGGAGGCAAAAAGGGAGGAUGAGGAAACACCACCCACUUUGCCACCAAGGCCAGCAGAUCUGGGCGAAGAGCUGUGCAAGACUCCCAGCCAGGAUCAGCCCAUCUACACGGAAACUUUGGAUGUCAGUGGAGACUAUGAGGAGGUGCCAGAGCCCUCUGACUACUAUGACAGCACCAGUGGAGGUGCUGACUAUGAGGAGCUGCCAGCACCCUUGGGAAAGCCAGAUGCUCUCUAUGACUGUGGAGGAGAUGGAGGCGAGGACUAUGAGGAGAUCCUCCCCGAGGAGCUUAGCCAGAGCCAGCACCACCUGGGGGAAACGGACAAUGUUUAUGAGGUGGAGAGCCCUGGGACCUGUGCAGUGGCUCUCUAUGAUUACCAAGGAGAUGGAGAUGAUGAGAUAUCUUUUGAUCCUGAUGACACAAUCACACACAUCGAGAUGGUGGAUGAAGGCUGGUGGCGGGGGCAGUGCCGGGGCAAAGUUGGCCUCUUUCCAGCAAAUUAUGUGAAGCUUCUGCAGUGAAACCAGCAUUGUCCAAGCUGAUUCCUUCCAAACUUUGGCCUCUCUGCUUCAGCCUUUUACAUGUUAUUAGCUUAAUUUGUCUUGGCCCGGUGUUCCUAACAUGCAAGAAAUACCAAGGAGUAAACCGGCAGUGGCUGAGGGAACGUUUUGGCCUAUGCCCAUGAGGACUUCGGUUCCCAUCCACUUCCAGUUGGGACAGGUGGGAUGGUUUAAGAGCAUGUGAGCGUUGUAUGUCUUUUCUACCUAGGCUGUCCCACAUGUCAGCCAGCCAGCUUGCGGGAGGAGCGUGUCUAUUCCUGUUCCCAACAGGGAAAUUCACAGAAAAGAAGCACCAACUCUAAUCCAGUCAAGGCAAAAGGGACAUGAGCUAUGGGACCUUUAUAAGUUGCUGUGGCCCUGGAUCUCAUCAUACCCAGGGGCCAAGUAAAAGAGCACUGUGAAGGCCAAA